GACUACUUUACGUUAAAGGCAGCACCUUUUCCUUUUUAUCUGUAAAAUUAAAGAUUCAUUUGUUUUCUUUGUUUAUUCCGAGGUGAUGGAGGUGCGUCCGAAGAUGAUGACGGUUUUUGGGUUUGGGUUGGUGUUAGGAUUUAUUGUGUUGACGUUCGUUCCGGCGGGUUACGGUCAGGUUCCGAUUCCGACAAGGCAGGAUGGGUUCUGGUACGAGGAAAGAGUCGCCGGGGUUGAUUCCGUAGUGAUUGAAGCAUUCUUUGACCCUGUUUGUCCCGACAGCAGAGACUCGUGGCCGCCGCUGAAGCAAGCUCUCUCUAACUACGGCUCCCGUGUCUCCCUCGUCGUCCACCCCUUCGCUUUGCCUUACCAUGACAAUGCAUUCGUUUGUUCCCGAGCGUUGCAUGUGGUCAACGGUUUGAAUUCUUCAGCCACUUUUCAGUUGCUGGAAUCUUUCUUCCACCACCAGGAGGGAUUCUACGGGAAAGCGACUUUCAACUUGUCGAGAGCGUCUGUUGUAGAUAAAGUAGCAAAAUUUGCAGCUAAAACAGUCGGGGGUUCCUCGUACACUCAACUGAAAUCUGGGUUUACCGACACCAAAACUGAUCACGCGACAAGAAUAUCCUUCAAGUAUGGUUGUGUGAAGGGUGUUUAUGGGACGCCUUUCUUCUUCGUGAAUGGUUUUCCGUUGCCUGAUGAUGGCUCUACCUUAGACUACAAGAAAUGGAAAUCCAUCAUUGAUCCUUUACUGUUCGCCUAGCUAACACCACCAACCCUCGCCGGUGCCAGUGGUUUAUUCAUCUAUGGAAGAAUCAGUUUCCGUCACUCUAUCUCACCGUAAACGAACUUCACUGCUACUGCUCCUCUGCUAGACAAACUACUUAAUUAAUUAAACUCAUUGCUAGCUUACUGCGUUAUGUUUUAUUUCCUUAAUCAGAAAAUUUAAAGUAUUUUGGAUCACUUAUUCCACUACCUAAGAUCAAUGGUACAAUUGUAAGACUUAUGUGAUGAUUCAAAGCGUUUAAUUUCAUUUAUUUAUGUGAAAUUUGGACUAUGGAGAUUAAAA